AUGCAGUCUACAGAUAUUGGAUGUAAAGGAAAUCUUUUUCUAAACAAACUGGUUGGAAGCUGUAUUAUUGUUGUUCCAAAACUUCAAUAUAACUCAGGCCUUAAACAGAUGAUGGAGAAAAUGGCAGAAAAAUUGUAAGUGGCCUUAUAAUGAAAAAAAAGACUGCAAAAACCUUUUUUUAGCUGGAACAUAACUGUAGUGAUAUACAUUGUAUUGUGAGAUAAGGCACUUUGGGCAAAAGAUCAGAAACCCUACAGCUAUUAUUGGCCACCCACAAAUUGUUAACUUAAGGGUUUUUUUUGUCCCCCUCCGCAAAAAAAUUUGAUUUCUAGUUGCCCUUUUUGCUUCUGUAUUUUUUUUAUUUUAAUUAAUAAUUAAGUACGCUGGAGCCACUGAAUGUUUGUUCAUGCAUUUGAAUCAUAAUACCUAUCUAUAAUUACAUGUAACUGAUUUCAGAAUAUUGCUGGCCAACUCAAAAUCUCAUGUAGCAGUUGCAGUACCGUAUUUAAUUUUUUAUUUUAUCAGAAAGCAAAAGGGAUCCUCAGCAUAUUUGAUAGAGAUAUAGGAGGUUCAUGUUACACGGGGAUGUUUGGUUACUUGACUGCAUUUCAAGAGAUGAUAGAACAGGUAUGAGCUAUUUGUAUGGAAUGAGUUAUGUGACAUCAUUUUGUUGGUGAAAAGAAAACUCAGGUUAAUAAGAUUUUUAACCUGGGUAGAUUUAUUUCCUUUAUCUGCAAACCGUAAAAUGUAUUUAUUCAUGAACUGAGCUAAUAAUAGGAGGCAUUAAGGAAAUUGAGUGAAGAAGGUUGAAAUUUAAUUUAAUUUUGCCUAAAGUUCAUGUUCCAUAUAGCUACACCGUAUUCAAAAAAUGGUUUCUUGGGUCCUAAGUGACUUUUCCUCUCAAUAUUAUUUUUAAUUUUCUCCCUUCAUUUUUCAAGCAAACAAAACAAACAGUAAUUUGAAAAGCAAAUCUACAUGUACAUUGUAGCACUGAUCAGAAUUCUUGUGACAGAAAUUUUUUCCAGGAAACAUCUUAAAUGUCAAACAUGGUUGCCGCAGGGCAGGAAAUGUUCGGGGAAAAAAAUUUCUUCAAGGUCAGGGAAAAGUCAGGGAAUUUCACUUCAAGUCAGGGGAAGUUUUAUGGACAUAUAAUCAUCAUAUUGUUCAUGAAAUUGAACAACAAGCUGAUAGUGGGCUUUUUAAAAAAGUCGAUCCUUUUUGCACGUUAUUGUUAAGGAGCUACACUGUAUCAAUUCAUGUACACUGCAUGUGUCUUGCUGCAAGCAUAAAUUAAUAAAUGGCUGGAGGGGAUCAGGCUGUGAGGGGAGCACUGAGUCCAUUAUGAAUUAUCAGGACUAAUAUAUGCAAUUGUUAAUUCAGUGGGUCAGGGAAAUUUUACAGUUUUCAGGAAAAAUUCAGAAGAAAAGAUUCCAGAAACCCCUGGCUGAAACAACGAUGUUAAAGUUCCUCUCUGGUCCACCUUGUUGCUUUGUAUAGCAGAAUUUCGGUUAUAUUUAGUAAUGACUUGAGAUGAAUUUAAGAGCAAAAUUUUAUUAAUUUUAAGGAUUUAAAAAAAAUUGCAAUGCAAAUGGCGCUUUGAAGUGAAAAAUAAAAUUAUCACCUCACAGCAGAAGGAGUUACUGUACACCAUGCAGUGUAUAAUUAGCAAACAUGGGUGGUUAAUUUAUAGCAAGUGCUAAAUGCUACUUCUCAUCUUUUCUGUGAAAUACAGGUACCUUUUUUAUUAAGAAGGUGCUAGUGAGGCUAGUACUAUAGGGAUCUACUAAAUUAGUAAAGUGUGCACUGUUUUUUUGUGGGAAUAAUAUAUUAAAAGGGAUGAUCAAUCCAGACCGUACAUUAUUUUUUUAGAUUAUUUUUUAUAAAGGUUUAUUUUUUAAAGUAGUUGUAAAUUUGUUAGAUCUUACUAGGUUUAACUCAUUGUUUGUAUGUUUUUCAUAUUUUAUUAAGAAUGUGUUGGAAGAUUAUGAUGACUCUUGUAGUUACUGUCGGCAGUGGAGGAACAGCAUCAGUAAUUGCCGCUGGCAAUUACUUGACUGGCUCAAAACUCAAGUAAGGCUCCAGUUUAAAUUUUUUUCUGUCAAAAAUCAGGUAUAUAAUUUUUAUGUAAAUUGGAUUGGACCUUUGGACAAAGCCUUCCCGUAUAUAACUUUUAGUAGAGCAGAUAUGUGCUUGAAUUGUUCACUUUCUGUUAAAAGCAUGAAAUUUGGCAUGAUGAUAGUUUUCAAGGCCCUAAAAAAGAUAGGAUAUGGUGCCAUCGACGAAAAUUCCGUUAAGUGCAAAAAAUAAGAGUUUUUAAAAUGGCGGCCAUUUUGAAUCGGAAGUGAAAUUAAAAUUUUCUUUUAAACAUCUGAAUUUUAGCAACUUGGAUAAGAAAAUGUCAGCAAAUGCCUAAGGCAGCUGUUUUUUCAUACAAAGAGAUAUUAUUUCAACGCAGUGUCUAAAAAAAAAAAUAGAACAGAGAAGAUAUAAGUGAUCGCCAGCCAGACGGGAAGUAAAACUACCAGAGUCGGAACUUUUAAGGAAUCAGAUUAAACUUCUGUUGUGCCUGCAGUGCUGGUUUUCUUUACUUCAAUAUUUUGUUUAAAUCUAAUGUAUACACUCAAUUUGCUAUUUUCAUCGUGUAUAGUCAAUUAUUAAACUUGAGCCUACUUUGGCUAUGAUACAGAAUAUCGAAGAAUAACAGGUAUAGAAGAAAAUGUAAGCGAAAACCACUCCGAUUAUUUCUGGACUGAGGUGACAAGAAGUAUUUACCGUGUCACAUCCUGUGAAUUCAUGGAAUGGAGGCUGCUUGGUAGCGUAGAUGUACCUCAGCACCAAGAUAUAUGAUAAGGAAGCUAACUUGGCUUCAUGGUAUAGAAGCUUCAUGGGUAGUUAGAACGGAGAGUGGACUUAACGAAAAUGUCUUUGGAGAGACUCAACUUAUAUUUUUAUAUAUUAUACCUUAAAAGAAGGGAAUAUGCUUUGUGAUAUAGCAUGACGAUAAAUGUUUUCUAGCGAAUUGACUUCAAACGAUGCAGGGGAAAGACUGGACAUCUGUCCCUAGACGACGUGCGUUGCUCAAAACACCUGCUUAUUUCGAUCUUUACAUAAGAACUAACUUUUUCCAGUUUCUUAGUAUAGCUCCCGAUACACGUUUACCCCAGAUCUUAGCCUUCAAGCUGUUCUCGGUGCGACAUAUUUGUCACAUACUAUAUCCAAGAGAAUACGUACGUUUUACAUGCUCAGGGGAUUAACGUAAGUGAUGCAUAUUCGGACAACGCUUUUUCCUUAUUUUCUUGCAUGUGGACUUUAACAUGAUAAUCAGUGCUACUCAGUCCAUGAUAACGAAAUGACAUUCUGGGGGUGAUUACAGUGAAAAGAAGUGACUAACUCUCAUUUCUGUCGAGAGAGGCGCAGAUUCACUUGAUAGUGAAAUACAGAUGAAUUAAACCGCCGCCCGGUUAGCUCCAGGCCCUGGUCGUUCAAACUUGGAUAGCGCUAUCCACAGGAUAAAUCACUAUCCAGCGGAUAAGUAUUAGGGAAACCAAUUGCGUUAUCCACUGGACAGACUUUUAUCCGGUGGAUAGCGCUAUCCAACGUUUAAGCAACCGGGGCCAGGUGGAUAAGCACCGGUCCACUGAGCCAGAAGCCGGGGUUUCAGACCCCAGUCGGACUAACUCUGGAUCAGGAUCUUUAAGUAACUGACGAGAAGUACUGCCUUUUUACGGUCAUCUGCAAACGGUUAGUCUUUCUAGUCUUCUUGGGAUAAAAAAAAACGGUAAGCCCCGUCUCAUAGUUCUUGCCGGUUCAUAUCUUGAAAUGCUGUGGGAAGUUAAAGAACCAACUGAAGACACUGUUUGUAAAGAGUAGGUUGAGUAGGGGACCCUUUACCUUCCAAAACGGAUUUCCCGGAAACUUUUUGAAAAUGGUAAACUUUGAAAUGAGCAGACGUUAUCGUGAAAGCAAUUUCAAUCCAAUAUGUACAUGCACAGAGUGUUAUUUAUACUCCUCAAUAACACAAAAUGGUGGAGCUAUUAUACCUCAAAUUACUUUGAAGCCGCAAAGCAUUUUGCAUUCUAGUUAAUAGUGGAUCAACUCUUUUAACCUUUAAGCCCCAAUAUCCACAUACAAAUUCUUCAAACUGGUCUCUAUGUAUUUCUUUAAAAGGAUAAGUUGAGAGAAUUUGAUAAAAGAUCAGAGCAUUUUCUCUUAGGUGAUUUUUAUUAAUUUCUAAAAACCUAAUCUCUUGACAUUGUAUGGAUAUGGUCGGGAGAAAAUUGAUGUUAGUCACUGUUAGCCGGACUUAAAGGGUUAAAACAAGUAAAAAGAAAUAAUCUGUUUUUUGCUAGUUUAAUUUGUUCGUAUAUGCUUAAAGAUGUGAAUCAUUGUUUCACAUUUUUUUCGAAAUUCACUACUUAAAUGAAUUGCUUUGAAUGAGUUGCAUUUUCCAUUUUAUCCCGCUUUUAACUCCAAAAACCGGUUUAACAGGAAAAAUUUGCGAUGGCACCAUAUCACAUAUUAAUAGCCACGAUUAGCUUAUAUGAUAAACAAUUUCAUCGUCAUUUUGGCUUUAAAAAAUGCUUAAUUUUUUGUACUUUAGGUUAGAUGAUAUUUACUUCCGGUCAAAAUGGCGGUCAGUUUAAUUUUCACUCCAAAAACCAGUUUAACAGGAAAAAUUUGCGAUGGCACCAUAUCACAUAUAAAUAGUCAUAAUUAGUUCUGUCAUUCCUGAAAAUUUGGUGCUUUUGACAAAAAGUGAACAAUCCGACCCCAAAUCUGCACAUAUCCGCCCCACUAUUUGUUAAAAAAUGGAAGCUAAGAAAAAUUUUUCCUUUUCUUUAACUUUCUAGAUGCCAUGCAGUUAAUGUGUCUGACAGUGCACCUUUUUUUUACAAUAAAAUCAAUGAAGACUUUAGCAGUGGGGGAAUUGACGUCAGAGCAGAGGAUACUAUAGAUAUUAUUGAUGGCUACAAAGGGGGAGGAUAUGGUUUGUCAGCUCAACAUGAACUAAGUGGGUAGGACUGGGGGAAUUGAUGUCGAAGCAGAAGAUAUUAUAGAUAUUAUUGAUGGCUACAAAGGGGGAGGAUAUGGUGUGUCAGCUCAAAAGGAACUAAGUGGGUAGGACUGGGGGAAUUGAUGUCAAAGCAGAAGAUAUUAUAGAUAUUAUUGAUGGCUACAAGGGAGAGGAUAUGGUGUGUCAGCUCAACAUGAACUAAAUGACCAUAACUAUCGGAUACUUAUAAGUGUUGCUGCUUCGUAACGGUCUUUUAGUCUGUUUUUAGAUUUCUUAUUGCACGAUUUUGGCUUUGUUGCACAAUCCAACAUGGCAGUUGACCUCCAAGGCAGAGUCAGUUCCUUUGGCUUUUACAUCGUUUUCCAAGGUUCGCACUUGCCAUUGCUCUGCUCUGAUUGGUUCAGAAUAUUUUGGCGCGAAAAAUACAUCGAUAAAUCAGGGAGGAUAAAGCUUAAGGCAGGAUGGAGCAUUGAACUCAACUUCAGGCAUUUAUGACUGACAAGUUUGACUUUCUUGGGUGCAGACGUGAACAUAUAAAACUGUGUGUUAAUACUAUUAUCAAACUAGUUUACAGGGUCCUCACUGUUGGCUGAAAUUGCAGAAAGAAAAUAGGAUUUCCGGUUUGUAGAAAAGACAAAUUUUACCCGCCUUCGAACACACCGGAAGCGUGGGAAGAGCGCUAGAGCUAGUCCUACUCGGCAUCACACAUUGCUUGAAGAGCGGAGUGCUCGAUUCGUUCCCUAACUAUUAUUCGACUUAAUGUAAAUAACCUGAAAAUCUACCACACUAUGACCCAGGCCUUAUUAUAUAUGACAGAUAUACGUCCCCGGGUGAUUGGUUAAAGGUAAUGAUACUUACGUUUUCUUUUUAGGCGGGGUUUGCAUGAUGGCAGAAUGGAUUCCUUGAUCACAGUUCGUAGCCCUGCAGAAGGAAUAAAGCAAGUUUCUUACUGGGGAGACAACAAUGAUCCUCUGCCGUUUUAACAGUAAAAAAUAAAUAUCAAAGAAACAAGAAGUAGAAGGGUAAAGGCAAGAAUGGAAAGCGAUGACCUCCCCUCUCCAGCUUGUCCCUUAAGAGCGAAAGAGAGCCGGACGGUUAAGAGGGUCCCCUUUAGCCGGUUUUUUCCGGAUGCAGGAUUUGCCUUACUUGAACGUUGGGAUUCGGGAUAUUAAAGCAAAAUGGAGGCCAGAUUCGGGAGUACAUUGGAUACUGCUUGCCGAAAAAAAUCAUCACAAUUGCGGGAUUCAGCGAAAAUUAAGGAUGGUGUCAUGGGAUCGGAGGAUCGUAUUAGAUACCCUCGGGUACCUAACCAACUAAAUGUUUAUUCCAUGUCCCAAUGAAUGCAUAGUGGAAUGCUACAUUUGAACUUGAGUAACUCAAGGGCGUUUUAAUGCGCUUUGAAAGCCAG